UUGUUCUUUCUUCUUCUUUCUUCUAGUAUCCUCUGCAACGUUCCUCCGCGGUCUAAUAGGAUCUAACACUAACGUACGCUCGGGCCUUACAAUUUUGCCACAACUCUCGUUCCACAGAUCCUCUUCUGUGUCACAGCCGUGGUCAGUUCAAAACAUCCAAACCCUAACCCUAGAGUUUCAAAAUUCAACUGUCGAUUCGCUUCAGUUACAUCACCAAUGGGCGAAUUGAAUAUGGAAGAGAUGUCUCUACCUGCUCUCUUCAAGCAGGCUCGCCAAAUUCAUCUGUCAGCUUCCGAAUCUGGCAUCGAUCAGGAAACUCUGAGAAAGGGAUGUGAAGCUUUGCAACAGUGCGAGGAAAUGAUUGGCAAAUUGGGGUUGUUUUCAUCGAACGAGACCAAAGAUGAUAUUAGCACAACCAACCUCAAAUAUCUUUUGGUGCCAUGUUAUCUUGCUGAAUUGACAGAAAAAAUUGCACAGGAUGACAGGAUACAAAUUAUUAAAGCUUCAAUGGCAAAGUUAAAGGAAUUCAUGUCAUUUUGUGAGGUGAUGGAGCUUGUGCCGGAAGAGGAGUUAGAAUCAUCUGCACAAGGUGGUUCAAAUUCUUUUGCAGACCGAAGGGCUAAGAAGAUUGCUCGGUUCAAACGCCAAAGAGCUGCAGAAUCCAAGCUUCUUGAAAUAAAGGAGCGUAAGGAGCGACGUGGACGAUCAACUAAAGCAUCUGCCUUAUCUACGCCUGUGGAGGCAGCAGAGGAAGAUUUGUUGGAUGACGAUGUAGAGGAAGAAAGGGAGGCAUGGCUUACUUCCGUCUCCUUGGCUAUUUGUAAGGCUUUUGAUCUUCUGGAAAUGCUAACGAAAGAAGAAGAAAUGCUUUCUGCUAUAAAGGAAAGGCAAUUACAGGAAGGGGACAAGGAUAUUUCACAGGUUCUUGAUAAGCGCACCAAGAGAGCAGAAGCCUGGCAUCGUGAUGCUGCAGAUCGAGCUCAUUAUACGAGACCGGCACAACCAAUUACAUGUGCUACUUUUGCUCAAGAUGUUAUAGAAGGGAGAGCAAAGGUUUCACAGGCACAUGAACACAAACACCAGCCUAUGAUAUUUGGGCCAGCGAGUCUUGUGGGUGGAAAGCCAACAAGUGAAAGGGAAAGGAUGGCAGCGCAGGUUUUCCAACCUAGUUACAGAUUGCCAACCAUGAGCAUCGAGGAAGCUGGCUUAAAGGAGAUGGAGAUUAUGAAUAAAUUUCAGGAGAGAAAUGCCAAGCUCAUGGAAGAAGCCAAUUCGUCAUGGUACAAGGACAAUCGGAAGUCGAGGCCAGGUGAAGAAGAAGAUGAAGAUGAUGAUGCUGCCCAAGAUAAGGCAAGGGCAUGGGAUGACUGGAAAGAUGACAAUCCUCGAGGUGCAGGCAAUAAGAAGCUCACCCCUUGUGGGUAAGAGUAGCAGGUGGUGGUUCUACGUCCCUCCCGCGUUCUUUGGAAGUCUAUUGAGGUACUUUCUCAUGAACAAGAUCUCACUCUCUGGCUAAUGGGUAAUAGUUAUACAAAAUUUUGUUGUUAGUAUGGUUUCCCAAUAUGAACUUAUUUCCAUGUAUAUAGUUCACCUAUUUGUGGAUGGAGCUGCUGUAGCUGUAAUGUAAUUUUUUCAUAAUCUAAUUAUGAUGGGUUUUCUGGUUUUGUUAAAUAUCGAGUUGAUUGAUAUCCAUCUUACUAAUUUGAGGGGACGUUUAUUGUGAUUAUUGUUACUUGAUCCUUAUCGUUUGACAAAUUGAAUUAGUUUCAACCUAUUUGAUAA